GGACUGGAAUCCCAACAGCAGCUGAUUCCCGACACGUGAUCGGUGCAGGAAGUGUGCGAACCAGAGAGACGGAAACUGCGGCCAAAGGGCUCAGAAAAUACACAGAGAGAGAGAGAGAGGGAAACAUUGUUGCGUUUGUGUGGCAUUUUCUUUAAUUAGGGGAAAAACAGGGAUUCCCGAAGGACUUGCGACUGAGUGAGUGAGAGAGAGAGAGAGUUUGGGAGAAAAAGAAAAAAAAGUAAGAGAUGUGGAAAGCUGCUGCAGGACACAAUGUGUGCGUGGCCCCCAAAGUUGACGCUGGAGAUGACUGGGACACAGACCCAGACUUUGAGAACGACGUGUCUGAAAAAGAACAGCGAUGGGGUGCCAGAACAGUGUUAGGAUCCGGACACCAAGCACACAUCAAUUUGCAGACGCUGAGGGAAAAUGUGUCUCAGGAACACCAAACACUGAAGCAGAAAGAGCUGGAUGAUGGGCCGAAAGCAUCCCACGGGUACGGAGGGAAAUUCGGUGUUCAAGACGAUCGCAUGGAUAAGUCUGCUGUAGGACAUGAGUAUGUUUCUAAGCUCUCCAAGCACUGCUCUCAGACUGACUCGGUAAAAGGAUUCGGCGGAAAAUUUGGUGUACAAAAGGACCGCGUUGAUAAGUCUGCAGUGGGCUUUGAAUACGAAGGCAAAACUGCUAAACAUGCAUCACAAAAAGAUUACAGUACUGGUUUUGGGGGUAAAUAUGGAGUGCAAGCAGAUCGAGUGGACAAGAGUGCGCUAGGCUUCGAUUACCAGAGCAAAACCGAGAUUCAUGAGUCCCAGAGAGAUUACUCGAAGGGAUUCGGUGGCAAAUACGGAGUGGAAAAGGACAAAGUGGACAAAAGCGCGGUUGGCUUUGAAUACCAAGGGAAAACUGAAAAGCACGAAUCUCAGAAAGAUUACGUCAAAGGUUUUGGAGGAAAGUUCGGUGUGCAGACAGAUCGACAGGACAAGAUGGCCUUGGGUUGGGACCACCAAGAAAAGGUGCAACUUCACGAAUCUCAGAAAGAUUAUAAAAGAGGUUUUGGUGGAAAAUACGGUGUUCAGACAGACAAGCAGGACAAAUCUGCUGUGGGAUUCGAGUACAAGGAAAAGUUGGCCCGGCACGAAUCUCAAAAAGAUUAUUCACGAGGGUUUGGUGGCAAAUACGGAGUGGAGAAAGACCGAAUGGAUAAGAGUGCGGCGACAUUUGAUGAAAUUGAACGACCAACACCAGCUUAUCAGAAAACUAAACCAGUGGAAACAGCUAACGCUAGUGCGAGCGCAACCAGCAUCCGCUCCAAGUUCGAGAACAUAGCCAAAGCAAAGGAGGAGGAGGAUAGAAAGAAGGUUGAAGGGGAGAGGGCUCGACGCCUUGCCACCGAAAAGCAGGAACAAGAGGAAGCCAGGAGGAAACUGGAGGAGCAAGCAUCAGCACCAAAACCAGCUGUUGUGUCCACGUCACUUCCAGCAUCUGUUCCAGCUCAAGCUCGUGUUCAAGAGGAAAAGUCUCCCAGCCCAGUUUAUGAGGAGGCACCAGUGUAUGAACAAGAGGAAGAUAAUCAUCACGAUAACCAGUAUUCUGAUGUCUAUGAGCCUGAACCCUGCUAUAACACCAAUGAAGCACCGUAUCAGGAAGCCGUGUACGAACAAGAAGAGGUUUACCAGAUGCCAGAUGAGAACGCAGAGUACCAAAGAGAUGAACCCACUUAUGCAGAAUAUGGAAAUGACGACUAUGGCAUUACAGCUGUGGCUUUAUAUGACUACCAGGCCGCGGGUGACGAUGAGAUUUCCUUCGACCCUGAUGAUCUCAUCACAAACAUUGAGAUGAUCGACGAGGGUUGGUGGCGGGGAGAGUGCAAAGGCAGAUAUGGUCUCUUUCCAGCCAACUACGUGGAACUGAAACAAUGAACCGUUCAGUGACUAGUUUAGCUUUAACACUACGAUACACUGUUCCAGUUUAAUGCAAUAUAAAUUGUGCUCCAGCAAGUGGAUAACGUUUUCUUUCUCUGGUUUGCAAUUAUGCAUCACGUAAUAUAUUGAUGCUUUUUGAAGGUUGCAUAAGAGCUUCACAUUAAUAUUUGACGUACCUAUAAACUGAAUACCGGUGGCACUUUCUGGUCAUGGAUGACCUUGGCCGUUUGAACCGAUAGUGUAUAGAGGCAAAUGAUGUUUAUUGCAGAUCGAGACCAAUCCCUGCUUGUUGACCAAGUUAAACCUAAAUGGAAAUGGUUGUAUAUCUUCAUGUAUGUUAAGUCAUUAGCCUCCGCCACAUGGAUAGAUCUGAACGGCGGUCGUUUGGUAAAACUAAUGGUUUAGCCAACUCUUAAACUGCCGUUGUUUUAGUUCUCCUGUGGUGAUUGAUGCCCAUUUUAUGCUUUGAGACUGUAUUUACCGAAAACACAAAUGGGUUGGGUUUUUAUAAUAAAAGUUGCCUUUUUCAGUACUUUAUCCUUAAUUAUACUGGCUUCAUUGCACUACAUUUGUGUAGAUUUGCCAAUUUGCUAAUUUUGUGACUGAUCUUAAUUUUGAAUAAACUAUUCCUGAUUUUAUCAUA